AUGGGUGACCUCGGAAUUUCGUUUCAAACCAUCAAGUCGCUCCUCAUCUUCUUCGCCCCCGUCAUCAUCCCCCGGGCGAUCAACUUCUAUCGCAGUCUCCGCGUGGCAUUAGCUUCUCGACCGACGCCUCGCCCUCUUCCCACCAAUGCCUCCCGCGCGUUGAACAUCCUCUUCCUCGCCAUUCUCGUGUUCCUCCUUCUCAGUCUCCCGUUCAACCCCCAUGCCCCCGCCCCCAGCAUCUUCAGCCUGACGCGGUCGCGCAUCAACACCCCAACCGAUGUGAUCUUCAACCGGCUGGCGCGAUUCCGACCAGGGAACCGACUGACCGAUGCGGAUACCUUACUGCGUUCGAAAUUGACCUCUCUGGGCGCCCGGAAAGUGUAUCUACGCUAUGGACCGAAGGCCUUGACGGAUUGUCCGUUCUGCUCGCUGGACAGCGUCAACACCUACCUACUCUACUACCUGCCGUUCAACACGCUGAUUCCGCAUCUGGUCCACAUGGUCAUUCUCGGCGUGGUGACCUCGGCGCCGCUCGCCGGCCGCGAGGCCGCCAGCUGGCGCAACAAGUUCACGCUGGCGGGCCUCGUCCUCGCGGCCCUGGAUCUCUAUGUGGUGGUUUCGUACGACCCGGUGCAGUCGGCGUCGGCGGCCGUGCGCGCCGGCAUGACGCCCCCCGCCAGCCUGUACCAUCGCAUCACGCUGCUGCGCCCGCUCGCGUUCGCCGUCUUCGACAGCGUCUGCGCGGGCCUAAUCUACGUGUCGGCGACGCAGCGGUUCUUCUUUGCGCCGCCGUCGCAGGCGGACCAGGUCGACCAGCUGGUGUCGGCGGCGCUGACGUCCCUCUCCGGGGCCAGCUCCAAGCUCCAUGCAACCAGCGUGGCGCGCAACGCCGUGGUGCGCGACAAGGUGCUGAAGGAGCGGGACGAUGCCUACUGGCGCACGGUGGUGGCCGGGGAGGAGGAUCGCAGCGGCGGGAGCAUCUGGGAAGAGGAAGAAGUGGUACGAGCCAUGUCGCGGGCGAUGGCCGGACAGGGCGGCGUGGAUCUAGCGCAACUGGGCGUCAAUGCGACGCAGUAUGUGAAUGGAGUGACGGCUGGGCUGGAAAGUGACCAGACGGGCACUGGGGGGAGUGGUGGCGCCGAGCCACGCGGGUCAUGA